AGACGAAAACAACAGGAAUGGCGGAGGUCGACCACCGGCUGCAGCUCUUGUGAGCAUUUUGCCAACAAGUCAGCCCUCAAUUAAGCAGCCUGCACAAAUGUCGUGGAUCAGGGAGAGCGCCCUGAGCUGGGUGCAGAUGUUUUGCGUGAAGGUGGUGCGCACGGGCGUCAUUCCGCGGCAUGUUGCCUUCAUUAUGGACGGCAACCGGAGAUUCGCCGCCAAGAACAACGUUCAAAAGGUCGAAGGACACUCCAAAGGGUUUGAUAAAUUGGCCGAAACGCUUAGGUGGUGCCUUGACCUAGGCAUCUCUGAGGUCACCGUUUACGCCUUCAGCAUUGAGAAUUUCAAGAGAAGCAAAGAGGAAGUCGAUGGACUCAUGGACCUCGCCAGACAGAAAUUCACCAGACUCUUGGAGGAAAGAGACAAGUUGAAGGAGCAUGGGGUGAGGAUCACAGUCAUUGGUAACCUUUCACUGCUGCCAGCUGACCUUCGUAAGCUGAUUUACGAAGCCAUGUCCAUAACUAAGACACAUGAUAAAGCAUUCCUGAACGUCGCCUUUGCCUACACUGCCAAAGAGGAAAUGGCAAAUGCCAUUGGCGAGAUUGCUGGAGGCGUCCGAAACGGGACCAUCCUGCUGUCUGACGUGGACACGCAGCUGUUUGACUCGUGUCUCUACACACACCAUGCGCCGCAGGUCGACCUUCUGAUCAGAACCUCUGGCGAGGUCAGGUUCAGCGACUUCAUGUUAUGGCAGAGCUCGUACAGCUACGUCUACUUCACGGAUAUCCUUUGGCCGGAGUUUAACAUUUGGAACCUUCUUCAGGCAAUCGUCUGCUUCCAAAUGAAGGCUGAUCAACUUAAGAAAUUGCACGCAAGAGAGGCAAAGUUUUCAAGCGAGCAACAAGAAGAAAGGGUCAACAGCUUUCUGCGCAUUUUAGAAACAAAGCGAGCCGCCAGCUUUUUGUGAACAACUACAUCAUCAAUUAAUUAUCAAGACUGAUCGUUAACAUUUUUGUUUGCCGUUGAUUUUAUUAUUAUCCAAGUUCUUUCGGCUGGGUUAAUUUGAGAUGCAUCAAAAUAAUUGUGAUUGGGGUUUUGAAAAAUAGAAGAAA